AUGUCUUCCACCAACGAGAAAGACGAUUAUGCAUCAGUCGAGAUCCAGCAUUCUGAGGUUAAGAGUUCCGAGGUCCUGGGCAACCAGGAGUUGAUGAACGAUGCCUUUGACGGUGAGAACGAGGAGCACCAGGAAGGUGUCUGGGCGGCCGCCCAGAAGCACCCCUGGGCUUGCUUUUGGGCUUUCGUGAUGUGUUUUACGAUCGUCAUGGAAUCCUUCGACAUGUUCUUGAACGGAAACUUCGUCGCCCUGCCUGUCUUCCAGAGGACGUACGGUGUCGAGCAUAACGGCGAAUGGGUUAUUGAAACAAAGUGGCAGAGUGCCCUCUUCCAGGCUGGUCAGUGUGGUGCCUUCGUGGGUGUCUUCCUGGCGGGUCCGAUUACCAACCGCUGGGGAUACCGCUGGACCACCAUGUUCGCUCUGAUGCUGAUGAACGCAACAAUCUUCAUUUCCUUCUUCGCCAACUCCCUUACCCUCUUGGUGGUGGGACAAGCAUUGGAAGGUGUCCCAUGGGGCUUCUUCAUUGCCAACUCUCCAGCCUACGCCAGUGAGAUCGUCCCUCUUGCGCUCCGUGGUGCUUGCACUGCCACUCUGCAGAUGAGUUGGUCCAUUGGAUCCAUCAUCGUUGCCGGUGCCACCUACGCCUACAACAAGAGAGACGAUCAAUGGGCGUGGCGCGUGCCUCUGGCCCUUCAAUGGCUCUUCCCCACCCCCCUUCUGAUUCUUGUUUUCCUCGCCCCCGAAUCGCCCUGGUGGCUCAUCCGCCGCGGCCGCAAGGAAGAAGCUCUCCGCUCCAUCGAGCGCCUCGGUAGCAAGGACCCCCAAAAGACCCAGCAGUCGUUCGCCAUGAUUGAGCGAACCGUCCAGAUCGAGUCCCAGAUGGGUGGAGCCCCAACUCUCCUCGAUCUGCUCAAGGGCACCGAUCUCCGCCGCACCAUCAUCACCUGUCUGAUGUACGCGUCGCAGAACUUCGCCGGUAACCUGAUUGCCAACCAGGCUACUUUCUUCUUCGAGCAAGCCGGUAUCAACCCCAACAUGGCCUUCCAGCUCAACCUCAUCAACUCCUGUCUCCAAUUCGUCGCAAACGCUCUCUCCUGGUUCCUCACAGCCUGGUUCUGCCGCCGCACAAUCUACCUCUGGGGCACAGCAGUCAACAUCGUCCUCCUGGUCAUCCUGGGCGUAUGCGCCUCCAUAACCCAAACAACAGCAACCAACUACGCCCAAGCCGUGCUGGGAAUCUUAAUCUCCUUCGUCUUCGCUGGCGCAAUGGGUCCAAUCUCAUACACCAUUAUCUCCGAGACGUCAUCUGUGCGUCUUCGCGCUCUCAGCACCGGUGUCGGUCGUGCUGCGUACUACGUUGCCGAAAUCCCCAUGAUCUAUCUUGCUUCGCAGAUGCUCAAUGCCACGGGAUGGAACCUCGCUGGAAAGUGCGGCUAUGUCUGGGGUGGCACUGCUCUUGUUUGCUGGGUUUCGGCUUACUUCUGGCUGCCCGAGCUUAAGCACCGCUCUUACCGUGAGGCGGAUAUCUUGUUCAACCGCAAGAUCUCGGCUAGGAAGUUCAAGUCGACUGUUAUUGGGGUUCAUGAGAAUGAGUAG